AUGCCUGCUUGCUCGAUCCUGGUCAAGGGCACAUGGCCGGGAUACUUGGGCGGAGGCCGGUUGAGUGCAGAGAAGCUGCGAGCCGUGGCACUUGCGGCCGGUCUCGUGGCCGUCGAGGAGCGGCAGAUUGCAUGUCGUGAGCGUGAUGAUGGUGUUAUUGGUGUUGGUGACGGCGAUAGCGAUACCAGGGCCGGCGCUGUCGAGGCCGAGAGCCAGCUCGAAGACGAAGCCGCUGCUCGGAGCCCAGACCGGGCUCUCACCAGAGGCGCUUCCAUUUCCGUCUUUUGCUGCAGGGCUAGUGCAGCAGGAUGCGGUGCGUUGUGA